AUGGAUAAGUAUUCUAACGACGAUGAAGAAGAUGAUGCAUGGUCAUACUCUUUUCCUCCAUCCAAUGAAGCCUUGCCCUUAGAAAGUAAGAUUGCGCCUUUACCUCCUAUUGAUACAAACGAGGGAACGACAACAGAUUCCAUUAAAGAUGGACCUAAAUCUCAAUUAAGAACCAAUAGUACCAAGAAGGGAGAUGGCGAAACUGAAGAAGAUGACGAAAGUCUAAGUCACAAGUCCAAUCCAAGCAGUGAUGAGACAAAUCCCUCGAAGAAUGGUACAACAAGAUCAGCACCUUUAUUAUCACCAAUUGAGUUACGAGACAAUAGUAGACCACAUUUGCUAAAUCAGAACUCGUCAUCGAUGUCUUCACUGCCACUACAAUCACCCUUUUUAAUCAAGUCUAUUCCAGCGGAGGCAUUAACUACCAGGGAAGAUGCCAAUUCAGUGAUAUCAAAGGAUAAGGAGGAAACAACAACACUGAGUUCUCCCAAGACAAGUUAUAUGAGUGUGGCCCGGAACUCACUUAGUAGUAACUUGCAAUUGGCGUCCGAGGAACCUACAUCCACCAAUAGUCCAUCGACUAUAUUGGCGAUUCCUUCAUCUCCAACUGCUACUUCAGAAGAUGGAGACGGUGGUGUAGUAAGUUCACCAAAGAUAAUUGCUUAUAGGAAGUCCAGAAGACCAGAUAGUGAUGGUAGUAUUCAAUAUGAUAACUCUGUAUUCUCUACACCAAAGGAAAAAUUUGAUCUGAAAUUAUAUGUUGAAGAGAAAUAUAAAGAUACUUGUUACAGAUAUGCAACAAUUCGGAGAAAUACUGAAUUCCAUCAACUUUUUAGACUGUUAGACUUGACUGAUCGACUCUUGGAUGAUUUUUCAUGUGCAUUAAGUCGUGAAAUUUUAUUACAAGGUCGAAUUUAUGUGAGUGAAAACUAUGUAUGUUUCAAUUCCAAUUUACUUGGGUGGGUAACAAAUUUAGUAAUUCCACAGAAAGAUAUUGUUAAAUUUGAGAAGAAGUUCACUGCUGGAUUAUUUCCUAAUGGAAUUAUAAUUGAAACCAUUGAUACAAAGCAUAUUUUUGCUAGUUUUAUAUCUAGAGAUGCAACCUUUGAAUUCAUGAAACAAGUUUGGCAAGGUGCAACGGGUAAAAUCAUGCCUACGACAGAUAGCAGCUCGGAAAGGAGUACAAGUGGAUACUCAGUAGAUCGUAAUGGUAUUCUCCAGAUGGACAGCGUAGCUGAAGAUCCUGAAGACGCCAAGUCUCGGUCUAAAUUCCAAUCUUAUAUCUUAUCUAUCGAUGGAGAUGAUCAGGAUAAGAACAACGAUAUCGAUGACGAUGAAGUUCAACCAGAUACAGAUUCCAAUUAUUCAAAUGAAUCUGAGGAUGGGGAUGAUGACGACGAUGAUGAAGAUGAUGAUGAAGAUGAUGAUGAGGACGACGAUGAAGAUGACGAAGAUGAGGAUGGAGAUGAUGGAGAUGAUGUGGAGGGCGAGGAAGUAGAAGACGGAAAAAUGCAUAAAGUAACGUCCAAUGGGAAGCUGUCGAAUGGGAAAGUGAAAAAAUCUACCAAGGUUAGAAAGUUCAAGCCAAAAUGUAAAUAUAUUAACAGAGGUCCAGACACACACCCCCCCACUACAUUAACCACAGACUACAUUAGUGAAAAUAGUGAAACAGUCUUAUGUAAUGAAGUGAUUGAUGCUCCUAUGGGGGUGGUCUUUGAUAUUUUGUUUGGAUCAGUUAACACAUCUUUCCACAAGAAAUUUUUAGAAUCACACGAUGCUUCAGAAAUUUCACCAUAUAGUGAUUUCCACCCACUGGAAACCGAUCCAAAAAAAUUGGAAAGAAAUUUCACAUAUAGAAGGGCUCUUGGGUAUUCAAUUGGUCCCAAAUCUACUAAAUGUGAAGUGAAUGAAACAAUUGAACAUAUGAAUUUGAAUGACAAUAUCGUGAUUCUUACAAGUACUGUCACCCCUGAUGUCCCACUGGGGAACUCUUUCUCGGUUAAAACCAGAUAUUGUUUAACUUGGGCUUCCAACAAUCAAACCAACCUUGAUAUGUCAUAUUAUAUCAAGUGGACCGGAAGAUCUUGGAUUAAAAGUGUAAUUGAAAAGCAAUCUUUGUCCGGACAAAAGGCAGCUACUGGAGAUUUAUUAGAAUUACUAAAGAAAGAGAUUGAAAAGACUACAUACCUUGUAGAAGAGGAGAUGGAAGUCCAAGAUAUCUCAGAUUCAAACACAGUUAAAGCAACAUCCAAGGUUAUUGAAUCUAAAACAAUUGAUUCAAAAUCAUCAUUACGUGAAGUGAUUCCAACUGCUCAAUUAUCAUUCAAUGAAUUGAUCAGAAAGAAUAUUGUUGGUGUAUGUUACUUUAUUUUUUCAUUCCUCGUAAUGUUAUUGAUAAUUCAACUUAAUCUAUUCAAAGUUGUGAAUGAAAAUAAUCAAUUACUUCGAAAUCAACUUCUUGUUAGUUCACAUUUGGUAUUUAUGGCACAAGCACUUACCAAGGAUAAAUCGAUUGAUGAAACUGCAUACAUAGAGAAAUUAAAGGAGGUGGAGAAAGUUGAUUCAGAGCUUUGGGAAUGGGUUAAAAAGGAAAACAAGGGAUCGGAAUUGAAUUCUAUUCAAAAGAUUGAAUAUCUUACUCAUGAACUCCAUUUGCUUUUCCAAAAGGAUUCAGAGAAAUCCCGGGGAACAUUUGAUAGUUUCGAAAAUUUGUAUAACGACCUUAAAUCCCAAGCACAAGAAUUUAACUACCAAGAGAUUCUUAACGUCGGUGGGUUAAGACAAGUUAUCGGGGAGCUCUUAUAA